CAGCUGUGCCGCACGACAAAGCCAUAAAUUGGCGUCCCGGCCCGUGGACAAGAACUUGGAACUGAUGCAGACUCUUGCAGAGAAAUGGUUAUAGGAACUUGAAGCCAAACCGGAUCGUCGAACCGGAUUGCUAUCUGGGCUUCGACCUGCCCUUCUCGGCGAUAGUUCUCUUUUCGGAAGCCUCCUUUGGACGGUUAAAUUACCAAGCUUAACCCGCGAUUACGCGGACACCAACUUCGUGUCUGCUCCGAGUUACUUGCAAGUUCACUCGCAUCAUCUACAUCAUCUUCCGCCACGUCCAAUACCCAAUCUUUUCUGCAGUGGCUGCUCCAAUUCCCAUCUCCCUCCACUCCUCCCCCCCAAAUUAUUACAUUAGUCCAUGCACCAUCCCAAUGAACAGGUAAUGCCAGUGUUUCCAGCACUACAAUCAAGUCAACGCUCUCGUACUACUUCGGGCCCACCAUGACCAGGACAUCCGGCGGCCGCUCCGUCGACCGCAUCGACACAGCUACGGAGGCCGACACGGAGCGGACCCCGCUGCUCGCCGGAACACCCACCCCGACGGCAACAACACCCCCGUUUCUCCAAGAAGAAAGCAGCACCGCCACCACUGCCACCUAUAUCAAUGACCCGGAAGACGACAACCGCAGCAGCCCGGCCGAUGCAGACCCCCUAAGCCACCUCCGUGCCGCACUCCGUCCGCGCGUGAUCCUCCUCUGCUUCGUCCUCAUCUUCCUCCUCGAGCUGGGGAUCGGCAUGGCCGUUCCCCCGAUCAACGCCGUCAUGGAGAGCAUCAUCUGCCGGCAGAUGCAUCCAGACGCCUUCUCACCCCCUCCUCCUCGUCCUCCUCUUUCUCCUCCUUCUCCUCCGGAUAUUUCCCCUCUUCCGCCACCUGGCACUGGCACUGGCAUUGGCAGCAACAACUUGGCAGCUCGCCUGGCGGAGCACAUCAUCCGCCACUACGCGGGCGGCAUCGUCUUGUCGGACGACCCGAUCUGCAAGAGCCCUGAUGUGCAGGGGUACCUGGCCAUGCUGCGCGGGUGGUCCAACACGUUCGAGUGCAUCCCCGGGAUUGUGGGGGCGGUGCCGUACGGGAUCCUGUCGGAUCGGUGGGGGCGGCGGCCGGUGUUGGGGUUGUCCGUCUUUGGCAUUGUGCUGUCGUAUGUGUUCAUGUAUGCUGUCUUUUACUUUUCGAAUGUGGUGCCGUUGUGGAUGACGUGGUUUUCGUCGGCCUUCCAACUGAUCGGUGGCGGCGGCGCCAUUACGGUAGCCAUGGUCUACACAAUCCUCGCCGACGUCAUUCCCAUCAGUGAGCGUGCGACAGUCUUCUUCCAGAUCAGUGCCGUCUUCCUCGCCUCGCAGAUGGUCGCCGGUCCGAUCGGCGGUGCGAUGCUAGUCUGGGGCCCGUGGACACCGCUCCUCGUCGGUUUGGCUGUUCUUAUUGUCGCCAACCUCGGCGUUGUGUUUGUGCUCGAGACUAUGCACGUCCAUGAUCGGAAGAGGGUGGAAGAGGAUGGCGAAUGGGACGGGCACGGCACGUCGAAGGCGACUAGUCUCUGGCAGAAGGCUUGGGCUGGUCUCGCAGAGGUGUGGGAUUUCAUCCUUGGCAACAAGAGUCUGGCCUUCCUGAUGGUGUCCCUCGUCUUUUGCAUUCUGGGCCGUUUUGUUGGAGAGCUACUGCUGCAGUACGCAACGGACCGAUACGGCUGGAGUUGGAGCACGGCAUCGAUGGUUUUGACCAUCCGUAAUGCCGGAAGCCUGGUGACGCUCCUUUGCCUGCUGCCUGUUGCCGGUUGGCUCUGUGUCCAACGCCUUGGCAUGACGGCCGUGGCCAAGGACCUCUGGCUGGCGCGAUGGUCCGGCGUGACCCAGAUUCUGGGGAGCUUGCUGAUCGCCGCGGCAGUCAACGGAGGACUCUUCUCGUUCGGACUUAUCUGGCUCGCCAUCGGCUCAGGCAUGACGGCGCUUAUUCGGUCCUUGCUCAACGCGCUCGUCGAGGAGCAUCACGUUGGCACUGUCAACUCGCUCGUGGGCUUCAUGGAGAUGGUAGGUGGGACCGCUGCAGGGCCUCUGUUGGCUGCGAGUCUCAGGACUGGCCUCGACCUUGGUGGAGCUUGGAUAGGCCUGCCGUUUAUCACAUCCGGCUCGUUCUUCAUGGUUUCGGUGACGAUAUUGUGGGUGUUCAGGUUACCGAACGAGACAGGAUCACCGGUUGAGCCUCCGUGCUGAGGUGUCAUUUACACUGCGAGGAAACAGCAACCAUGAUCUCUCUCCCUUUUUCGGCUGAAGAGGGCGGUGGCUUUAGAAAUGCGCUGCCGGGGAGCAGACCUCAAGGUGGUCCCAACGGAAGCCAGGCUAUAAGAGUAGUAGUGUCGGGUAUCUUUUCUGAAUGACUCGAACAUGGUCAGUAUAAAGCACACCAACGCAGCAAGAUAUGGACCUCCGAAUAUACUAUGAGCAUUACCUA